UCAAUUUUCGUUUGUUUAUCUGGUUUUCUUUCGGUGAGCUCUUUCCAUCGAUCUAUCUUGCAUUCUUUCUCUGCCACUUAAGAGUUCUAAGAUAGAAAUAUAUGAAAAACAGCUUAUUAUAAGUGCAAUAGACUACCAUGACAAGUAAGAACCUUUCGCGGGGCAUCGUUUAGCUGCAAGAAAGAUAAAACGAGAUGGCAACUUUUACCCUACUGGUUUCUGCUAUUGUUGUUGUAAUGUGUCAUGCAAGCAAGGAAGAGAAUAUGGGUUCUGGGUCUACAUCGUGUGGAAAAAGUAUAAUUCUCCCCAAGGAAGACCGACUCAGCAUUUACUCCAAAGGUAAUGCUAAGGGUGGAUUUUGUAGUAUCCUGCUCCACGCUAUGGAGGACACCUCAGCUGACUGUCCCUACAGAUCUUUCUGUGUUGCUGUAACUCAGAUGUCAAUGUCUUCAUGCUCUGCAAAGAUUUUCUUAACAGGAACGUCUUACGAUGUAAUUGGAAUCAAGUCUAAGGAGAUUAGUUGUUUCUCCCAUGUUUACGGAGCCUGGUGUACACAGUCUAAAUCUUUGGAGAUCUCUGUGAUAGAGGACCCAACAAGUAAUAGUAAUUAUGGAUUUAACCUGACAGUCCUGUCUGAGUGUAGAUCAACAUCCUCAGGAGAAUUCGAUCCAGUCAAAGAUAAUACCAGCAAAAAAAUUGACGAGAUAGAAGCAGAAAUGAACCAGAACAGAAUUAUAGGCGUGGUGGUCGGUAUAUCUCUGGCUUGUAUGUUUCUGAUUAUUAUGUUUGUGUCAUACCAAUACUACAAGAACAAACCAACAUACAGACAACAACGAGAUAUGUAAAUGUAAUGUGCUUAGGCUGUAACUUCAGGGAAAAUCCACAGAACGGUGUCAGAACAAUUAUAUCAAAAGUUGUUAGUUGUUUUCAAGGAACUGCAUAACAUCUCUUGUUGUAACAUCACUUUUAGGCCAAAAAAGAUAUUGUUCUGUUUCCUGCCCCCAUAUCUACUCUAAAUUCUCAUGUCCACACUAAAAUAUUUUAUAGACAUUUUUGGUUAAUAAGCAAUUUUUAUUAAAAUGUAGGCUUUUUGGAUAAGCACCGUUGAAAUCCAGAACAUUCCACUUUACGUCCUUGAAAAAUAAAAAAAAAAAAAAUUAUUUUAACUUACCUUCCCUAUUAAUCUGUAAGGAAGCAAGAAACAGGUGUAUGAAAAUAUUGGCCUUAAAUGACACAUUUAUGAAACCGAAUAAGUUGUAAUUGUGGAUUGACAUAUUACAAUUAAAUAGGACAACUCCUCCCUUCGAAAAUAAAAAUGAAGAAUAAAAAUAGGGAUUCCCUUUUCUUUAUACAGACAAAUACUCAAUUGAAAUCAAACGUUUGUUUAAUAAGAGUUUGUAAUUACUAUUAGAAUAAAUUUUUUAAAAUGUAUUUGUAUGAACAGACCAAGAUAUUUGUGAUGAAGAUUUUAUAAAGUCAACACGUAUCUUUACAGACGAAUACUUUGUUUUUUUUCACUUUUUCUUUUCUAAUUUGUAUAUUUGAUAUUUGUGUUCAUUAUUUGAAAUGUUCUAUUAGAAUGUGAAACAUAUGUGCGUUGUUGUAUAAGGAAUACAUAGGAAGCGUUGAAAGAUAUGAAUGUUUGUUUGUUGGAGAAUUCUUAAAUGCAAUAGUUGUGAUUAUGAAUUAAAAAUGUGAUACUUGUAAUAGUUACUGGAUUUUUUAAUUACUUAUAACAAACAGAUUCAUUUACAUUCUUUGUUACCAUAGAAACUGGUACGGUUUUUUGGGAAAAUUUAGAUGAAAAGAAUAAUAAAUUAAUACAUCAUGGCUUUUUUUAGGACAUGCAGUGGAAAGAUUUAUUCAUUCAUUUUCUAGUUUAAAGAACAGUGACAUUAUUUUGCCCUAAAAACCUACAAAAACUAAACUCAAAAUGUUGUAUUGAUGUAAAUAUUUCUUUAAAAUACAACACUAGAAAGAAGUAAAAUCAUGCCAGCUUAAUCUUUUUAUUUUUUCGAUAAAUUAAAUGAUCUCUAUGCAAAUAUGACAUUGAGAAGCUAAAUCAAAGACAGUGUGCCUUUUUUUUUAUCUAAUUAUGUUAUGCAAAUACUAUGGUAUUACUCCUACGGCAAUUUUAAAUCAAACGUAUUUUACUAAUUGUACAAUUUUUUAUGUUUAAAGCAGCACUGAUCAUUUACACCUUAAUCCUUCAAGGUCAAAAUUUAUUGGUUCUUUUUUUUUAGUAGAACUUUCCAAUGAUAUCUUAAGUUAAGCGAAUUUUGUAGUCCUAAAGAAACAUGUUAACCUUCCUGGUUGGAGCUUACAUUAACUAAGUUGCUUUACAAUGUUAUACUUGCAAUCAUGCGCAGUCUAAACAAUGUCAAAUAUCUUGCAAUCGACAUCAAAUAGAAACCAGCACGUAUAAAUAAAGGUUUAAACUUUUCAUUGUGUAAACAUUGUCAAACAUUUUAUCAUAAAUCAUUGUAGAUUUUACUGACUAAUUUUGCUACUGAAUAAAACAUGUUUGUUUCA